AUGGCGGACGUGACGUUGGUCCACCCUUACAUUGGUAGCUCUGCCGACCAGACCAAGUGGGGGGAGGUCAACCUCGACGCCCUCCAUGUUGCAGCGUCUGAGAAGAUUCGCAAACAUUGCGCUGCAUAUGCUAUGACUACUCCUCCUCGAGCGUUCAUCCCUCUUGCCAUCUCGACGGUCGCGCUCGAUGCCUCUUGUCCAUGCCAUGAUGCGGCGUUUGGUCGGCACUUCGUGCCUGAUGACGGCCCUGCUGCUGAGGUCCUGGCUCGCAAACGCGCCGCCACCUAUCAGCGCCUCACUAUGCAGCUGACGCUGGAGGCGCUCUUGUCUGGUGCGAGGCGCAUGACGCCCUUGCGGGCGCAAGCACUUCUCGAGCCAGAGGACAGCUCCUCCUCGGACUUUGUCGAGUCGCCCGAGGGGGAGUCUUCGCCGGAGGUCUCCGACUCCGAUGGGGGACACCCUUCGAGUGGCCCCGACGAUCGGCGCGGAGCUGGCGAGGCGUCUCCGUCCCUCACUGUGACGUCGGGUGCCUCCGGAGAGCUCGACACCACUGGGGUGCUUGCUGCUGGUCCGAGCUCGCCUGCUUCCUCCCCGGCAUCGGUCGGGUCACGCCGGUCCUUGGGCAUUGCUGCGGCGUCGCCGCCGUCACGGGCGGCUACCGCUGACUCGGCUACCGCUGACUCGGAGGCUAGCGAGGAGGACUACCUCGAAUCCUAUACCCACCUCGAGCGGUACCGUGUUCCAGUGUCCAGCCUCCCUCCUUCCGCUGCCCCAGGCGGACCCCCGGGCAACGCCGGCUCCUUGUCGGCGGCUGCCCUUUCUCCGUCCGCGGCCGCCCGCUUUGUGGCGGCAGCGGACGUCUCGACUGACAGUGGUCAGUCGGCUGCCUCCGGGUAUCGCGUCUAA